AUGUGGACAUCCCUUCUUCUACUACCAGGUCUUCUGUGUCUGACUACAGCUGUAGAGGUGCAAAUAGUUCAGACGUUGAACGGGACAAUCCAAGGCGGCAAGUGUAUCACGACAGACGCCAACUACUUCUUCUCUAUCCCGUAUGCUACACCACCGGUUCGAAAAUUACGCUAUGCAGCACCGCGAUCUUAUACUGUCUCGUUCAACAGGACACUCAACGCAACGACGGCAGCACGAUCUUGCAUCCAGUUCGGUACCUCAUUCAUCGAGUCGAAUGUGCAGAGUGAAGACUGCCUGUACCUGAACAUUUGGACCCCAACCUCAGCAACCCCCGACUCGAAUCUCCCAGUGAGGGCAUGGUUGUAUGGCGGCAGCAAAGAAGCAGGCGGUAUCUCCAACCAGACUUACACGGGCUGCUUCUCAGUUGCAGAUGCAGUAGUGGUGUCCAUUAACUACCGCAUGGGUCCUUGGGGUUUCUUGCCCUACAGAGCUAAAGUCCUCCUUUAUGGCGAAUCAGCUGGAGCAACCGACACCUUCGUACUAGCGAGUCUGCCAUCGGCUCCACGGCUUAUGAGGGCAGCGGCGCUGGAAUUUGGUGCGGGGCGAAAUCUUUCGACUGUGGGAGAAGCCCAGGCCUGGCAGGAGACAUUUCUGGGCGCCCUGAAUUGCACUCCUGUUCAUAGGUGCAAACUAACGGCUCAUGAGACUGAAUGUGUCCGCGCUGCCUCUCCUUCCGACCUCCAAGCCGCCGUAAAUUCCAUGCCUGAAGCCGGAGUCCCAGGCACUUCAUCCCUCCUGACCUUCCAAGGGUCCCGUGAUGCCUGGGGCCCACUAGUUGACGGCUCGCUCAUCCCUAUCUCGCCCUCAGCAGCAGGAGUCCAAGUCCCCUCCAUUAUUGGCUCCAACAGCGACGAAGGCACCCUCUUCAUCCUCAACUACUACGGCGCCUCCGACUUCCUCAAUGAAUCCGCCUACGAUACCUUCCUAUCUCACGACUACGGUCCCCUAACCUUCAAGACCGUCCUUAUGGAGUCGAGAAUCAAAUGUCCGACGCAUCGGGCUUUGAAAAAAGCUGUUGAGAACAAGGUACCGGUUUGGAGCUACGAGUUCAAGCACGUCCCGAGCUGCGCGUGGUUUGAGGCUGUUCCUCAGACUGUCAUGCCGCUUCUCGGGGCUACGCAUACAGCUGAGAUACCGUUCGUGUCUAACAUGACGGAUCAUCUGCCGUCGCCUGAGGGGAACUGCAGGUUUAGGACAGAGGAGAAGGCGCUUGUGGGGGCCAUGAAUCAGGCGUGGACGGUCAUGGCGAAGUAUGGCAGGCCAGACGAUGAGACUGUGGCCUGCGUGGACCGUGGAGAAAGGGAUGAGUGUCAACAUUCAUGAGACGAUGGGUGUGGGCGUUGUCCGCGUGUGCAUUUUGGGACGAGAUAGAGGAGGAAUUGGUACAGAUUGCCGAGAGGUUAAAGGCUCUGCGCCAUUGUUAGGCAAGAACCAUUUCUAAAUCUUGUGCCAUAGCGCAGCUAAAUACAGAUUGGCAUUGGGAUCGAUCUUUCCUUUUCCAAAUAGAGAUUCAUUAAAGAUAGCGGGAUUUCGCAAUGAGAACCUUCUUUUCGACAGUGACCUCUCC